AUGGCAACCGCGUCGUCCUCUUAUGACAGGGCAAAGCCAUUUUUGGCUGUGAUACUCUUGCAAUUUGGCUAUGCAGGCAUGUUCACAAUUACUAAGCAUGCACUGGAUGAAGGGAUGAGCCAACAUGUAUUGGUAGUCUACAGGCAUGCCGUUGCCACCAUUGUCAUUACUCCAUUUGCCUUAGUUUUUGACAGGAAAGUAAGGCCAAAGAUGACCCUUUCCAUCUUUUUUAAGAUCAUGUUACUGGGCUUGUUGGAGCCAACGAUUGACCAGAACUUGUACUAUACUGGCAUGAAAUAUACCACGGCAACUUUUACUUCUGCUAUGUGCAACGUUCUUCCGGCUUUUGCAUUUUUGAUGGCUUGGGCCUUGAGGAUUGAGCAGGUUAACAUCAGGAAAAUGCAUAGCCAGGCAAAGAUAUUUGGGACCAUAGUCACAGUGGGAGGGGCUAUGCUUAUGACCCUUGUUAAAGGAACUCAGUUGGAUUUGCCGUGGACUAGAGGGUAUGAUCAACAAGCAUCUACUAGUGCACUAACCAAGCAGGAUCCUAUUAAGGGUGCUCUUAUGAUUGCCACUGGUUGCGUCUGUUGGGCUAGCUUCAUAAUUCUCCAGUCAAUAACAUUAAAAUCGUACCCAGUUGAGCUCUCCCUUACAGCUUGGAUAUGUUUCAUGGGAACUAUUGAAGGUUCCAUGGUAGCAGUUGUAAUGGAAAGAGGAAAUCCCUCGGCUUGGUCUGUAGGCUUGAAUUACAAACUAUUAGCUGCUGUUUACAGUGGCGUAAUCUGUUCCGGGAUUGGUUACUAUGUGCAAGGAUUGAUCAUGAAGCGUAAAGGACCUGUUUUUGUGACUGCCUUUAGUCCCUUAAGCAUGGUUAUCGUUGCAAUUUUGGGCUCCUUUUUCUUGAAAGAGAUAUUAUGCGUAGGAAGGGUUGCUGGAGCAGUUGUCAUUGUUACCGGCCUAUAUCUAGUGUUGUGGGGUAAAAGCAAGGAUCAACCUCCAUCCGACUCAAGCGAUGACAAAGCAGAAGCCAUUGUUACACAAACUGCUACCGAAAUGCAGGAGAGGACGGAGACUGGGGAUCAAGAAUUUGUUGCUAUUGAUAUUACCAAAGUAAGACGCACCGAUGAGUCGAUCUGA